CCUUGCAGUUUUUACUGUCAAUCCCUCUCUCUCUCUCUCGCUGGGAGCUAAACGCUCGUUGGGGCUUCCGUCGGAACACUUCCAAACGACGUUUAGCCCCUUUCAAUCCAAACACACGCCUUUAACUCUCCGCCGAUGACGCUCACACACUUUUUGAGUUGAUCUGAUCGCUUCAUACCUCUUCCUUCUCAUAUUUCCCCGGACACAAUUCCCAUUUUCCAAUUCAGGCUUUCCACUUCUCCACAGAUUCUAACAUCAUACUCUGAUGUUGAUUUUGGCAAUCAUACAAUAUAAAAGUGGUAAGUCCUGGGAGAUGACUUUUGGUGAAUGAUUCAUUUGUUUUGUUGGUAGAACCAGUUUGUUGAAGCGAAUGGAGCUAGAAGAAGCUCCAGUCUUGGAAGAAGAGUCCAAGCUGGAAAUUGAGAUACACAGUGUCUUUAAGGAAUCCGAUGUUCCUCCAAUAAUUGUCAAGUCAGUAUGCGAUUCUGUUUGCCCUUUUUCCAGGGACGAGAACAGUUUGGUGGCGUCCAGAGAGUCAUCGAAAUCAGCAAAGAAACUCUGUGGACUCAUAGCUUUCUAUGCCAUUGUUAUGCUUGUGGAAGCAAUUGGUGGAAUAAAGGCCAACAGCCUAGCUGUUAUCAGCGAUGCGGCACACGUGCUUUCUGAUAUCGGAGGAUUCUGCAUCUCUCUCUUUGCAGUAUGGGCUUCUGGCUGGGAUGCAACACCGCAUCAGUCUUUUGGAUACAAUAGACUUGAGGUUUUGGCUGCACUUUUAUCUGUGCAGAUAAUUUGGGGGAUAUCUGGUUUUUUAGUAUACGAAGCAAUAGGUCGACUUGUGCAUCGCAGCGCCAGGGUGAAUGGAACGCUCAUGUUUGCAAUUGCAGCAUUUGGUUUUUUGUUUAACUUUAUCAUGGUUGUAUGGCUUGGUCAUGAUCAUAGUCAUAGUCAUGACCAUCAUCAUGGUCACAAUCAUAGUCAUCAUCAUCAUCAUGAUUGUGGACACUUGGAUCAUGAUCAUGGGAAGGAGGAACUAGCUAAAGUAACUGAUGAAGAGGACCUUAACCUGCUUUCAAGUAGUCAGAGAAAUGUUAAUGCCUUGAACAUAAAUCUGCAGGGUGCCUAUUUGCAUGUCAUUACAGAUAUGAUUCAAUCUAUCGGAGUGAUGAUUGCUGGAGCCAUAAUAUGGGCUAAACCAGAAUGGUUGGUGGUUGAUCUUGUAUGUACACUCAUAUUCUCUGUUAUAUCUUUGGGAACUACCAUGCCUAUGCUUAGGAGUAUUUGUGGCAUUCUUAUGGAAAGGACACCAAGUGAGAUCAAUGUCAUGAAACUAGAAAAUGACCUCAGAAGUUUGAAGGGGGUGCAAGAUAUUCAUGACCUGCACGUUUGGGCCAUAACAGUUGGAAAAACUGUUCUAUCUUGUCAUGUAGUAGCUGAGUCUGGCAUAAAUUCCAUUGAUUUACUUGGCAGGAUUAGAUAUCAUUGUGAGAAAACAUAUAAAAUACAACAUGUAACCGUACAAAUUGAGUGAGAUUACAUACUUUUUUCUCUGA